AUGACAGGACUCGAGGCUGCACACAACAUGUCGAUCGGUGACACCAUCGACGACACCGGGAGUGUUGUCAACCAGGAUCGGGAUCCUGAAGAACUGUUGAGCCAGUGGUGCCGACGAUACAUCAUUGCCGGAGAAGAACGUCUCCUGAAAGAGCAACAGUUAUCCUUGGAGAGACGGAACCGCGAGUGGAAAGACCUGCUACUUGCUCAGGAACAAGCCACGACAGCGUUUUUUGAGAGUCAAAAGAACCAGCGCCAUGAAUGGCGAGCUACACAGCAACGCGAAGUGGACGAAGAGAAGCUCCGAUGGAGUGAGGGCCGUUCACAGGUUCGUGCCGACAUGAUCGGAAUACUUUCUAAGCUCAACCCGAGAGACAUAGCUGCCAGGACCAUGGACGUUGGACUUCCUGCCGCGACCUUGGACGUAUUUCAUGACGAAUCUUCCCUUGCUGAACCCCUUGUGGUGGACACACCUGCCCAACAGCCCGCAGACGUCGACCAACAGAACAAUCAUGAUGGCCAAGCUCUCCCAGCCCCAGAAGAAGAUGUCAUAUUGGUCUCCGCUCAACAAUUCUUGAUCACUGAGAAGAUCCAGUCCAAACAUCCAUUAGGGGAAGACGAUGUCAACUCAGAAGUCCCUUCUCAUAAAAGGUCAAAGCAAUCCUCGGUGGAGGAGGUCGAGUCCAAUAUUGUCGGAACACGGACUCGACCUCGCAUUGAAAGGCACCAAACUGCCAACCGGUCACAGCAGCUCAGGACUGUCGAUAAAGAUAAGGUCGGAGGGACAGACUACAUCUUUCGGCUUUCGGAAGACAUCGACAGGUGUAAAGGCGUCAGUUUCCAUUUGAAAAAAAGUAGUAAUCAUACGGUGCCUCUCCUCCUCACAGAAGAGUACAUCAUGAGUGUAUUCGGAUUUGAAGUGGUCGGCGAGGACUUAACCGAGUCCUGGGUUGAAGCAGCCAACGAAAGCAUACAGCUCAAGAAGAAGGAGAAGAAGGAGAAAAUGAUAAAGGACAGGGAGGACAGGAAGGGGAAAAGGCAACAGCUUCCAGCUGCCUCCAGGCAGCCAGCACAAUCACAAGCUGAGGACCUGGAACAACCCGACAAUGACAGCCGUAUGCCGGAAGCAGACAUGUCCUUGGCUGAGAACCCUACACUCCUGUUCACCACCGAUAUGUUUGCUGCGCCAGGCCCUACGCACUUCACAGACGGACUUCCGGUUUUUGAAGAUUUGGCACACGACGACCCUAUGUUCUGA